AGUGGGCAUGGAGGUGACACUGCUGCAGUGCAUCAUCGUAUCACGAUCUGCAUAGUGCGAUGCUGUAGGUGUACUAGCAUCUGCGGGAUUUCUUUGAGUAAUAUGUAUGAGCUUCGUGCAGUUUGUAUCAUAGCGCCGCUGUAUCCCCUCGUACAUGUCAGUCACAGAAGCCGACGCCGGCUGCACUGGGCUCAGUGCUUUGAAGUCAUGAUUUUCAUGAGCGAAUUCGUGGGCGAGGGCUAUGGCAUUUGUGGCGUAUAAAGGAGCUCUCCUUCUCGAUGCUACGACCAGCGUCGGAUUCGCUUUCUCGUGAUGUCCCACAGCACACAAAGGUCAGUUGUCAGGUUCAUGCUCAUUGCUUCUGCGACGAAGCUUACCCCAGCGCUAUGUAGGUACCCCACCUCUCUCCAGCGUGAGAGGAUGGAUUCGUGGACGCACUGGCCGAUUGACACGAAUGUUGAGCUCCCGUGUGCGUCUUCGUCUUUGGACUCUCGAUUCGCAAGCAGCGCCCUCGAGGCUCCGUAUGAGUGGGGGAACGUAGCGUGCGCGGGCUCAGAGUCGUUGAUUCCUUCCACGAGAGGGGACGGGAUGGGACCCACGCUUUUCGAAGCAUCAGUCAUCGGUGGUACUGGUCAAGCAGAAUUCCGACUCGCCAACCUUCCACAAGAUCAUAUGUGGGACGACAUGCAGCAUCCAGCACAUCCUGUCAGCAGGCCCCAUUACCUCGCAGCGAACUUGGGACUAGCUAUGGGCGGACAUGGUCUGGCGAGUGUCGAUACCCGCGCGUCGGUCAGCCCUCGCGCUGACCAUGCGCUGGCCGGCCCUCGCGUCGGCCACGAUCCAGACGGCCCACGCGAUGUCGUAGGCUCAGAGAAGCGGGACAUCGCGCACGACCGUCGCCGCCGCCGCCACAAUGCCCCCAAGUAUCGGUGUCCUUGUGGCAAGUGGCUGUCGAAGAAGAGCGGCUAUGAGGACCACCUUCGCCGUCACGAGAACAAGCGCAAGUUUGCGUGUCGCCGCUGUUCCUCCCGGUUCAACACCAAGCGGGACCGCCAGAGGCACCAGAGCAGAUGCCGCGCAUAAGGAGCCUGAGGGAGAUAACACCCUAGUGGGUGCAUAGACCGCCUAGUUACUUAAAUACUAUUAGAUUAAUCUGGAAAAAGACGAGAAACUGAUGUAAUUUGUUUCCUAGCAUAUUUGUUCCAUGCACGCACCAGCG